GUUCCCUCAGAGAUAUGGAGGCCGGAGAAGAAACCCAGGCCAUGGACAUCAGCCCCAUGGAGCAGGAGGCCGCAUCCCCUGAGGCCCCAGCCAUAGAGGAUCCCCCGAGCCCACCCAGAGAAGAUGUGAGUCCACCCACAGUGCCAGCACCCCCUGAGUCCCCAGAAGGUCCUGAAGAUAUGGGGGUGCAGGAGUUGGAGAUGAGGCCCCAGGAUAAAGAGAAAGAGGAAAAGGAAGAAGAGGCAUCCAUGGCCAGUCCCUGGAGUGGGCCAGAGGAGCUGGAGCUGGCACUGCAGGACGGGCAGAGGUGUGUGCGGGCCCGACUGAGCCUCGCCGAGGGCCUGGCCUGGGGCCCAUUCCAAGGGAGCAUCCAGACCACAGUCUUACCCCCUGAGCAGGAAGAACUGGGCCCGGCUGUGACUCUGCUGGUGGAUGAGGCCUGCUGGCUAAGGAUGCUACCCCAGGCCCUGACUGAAGCUGAAGCCAACUCAGAGAUCUACAGGAAGGAUGAUGCCCUCUGGUGCAGGGUCACCAAGGUGGUACCUUCUGGUAAACUGCUACGUGUGCUCCUUGUGACCGAGCCCCACGGUACUCCCAGACACCCUAUGCAGGAGCCAGCAGAACCUGGAGGCCCAGCUCCAGUGCACACAGACAUUCAGUUGCUGCCCCAGCAGGCUGGCAUGGCAUCCAUUCUCGCUACCGCGGUCAUCAACAAAGAUGUCUUCCCCUGCAAAGACUGCGGGAUCUGGUACCGUAGUGAGCGGAACCUGCAAGCCCACCUGCUCUACUACUGCGCCAGCCGCCAGCGUGCAGGCUCCCCUGCCUCAGUGACUGAGGAGAAGCCCAAGGAGACCUACCCCAAUGAGCGUGUCUGCCCCUUCCCCCAGUGCCGAAAGAGCUGCCCCAGUGCCAGCUCGCUGGAGAUCCACAUGCGCAGCCACAGUGGAGAGCGCCCCUUCGUGUGCCUCAUCUGCCUGUCCGCCUUUACCACCAAGGCCAACUGUGAACGCCACCUCAAGGUGCACACGGACACGCUCAGCGGUGUCUGUCACAACUGUGGCUUCAUAUCCACCACAAGGGACAUCCUCUACAGCCACCUGGUGACAAACCACAUGGUGUGCCAGCCAGGCUCCAAGGGUGAGAUCUACUCGCCAGGGGCUGGACACCCAGCAGUCAAACUUCCUCCAGAUGGCCUGACAGGCUUCCAACAGCACUCACUGAUGCACGGGCCCCUGGCUCCUGCUGAUAAGGCACCCACCCCAUCCUCAGGACUGGACAGUAAGGCCUUAGCCGAAGUCACCAACGGAGAGACCAGAGUGCCCCCCCAAAAUGGGGGUAGCAGCGAGUCUCCCGCAGCCCCCAGAACCAUCAAGGUGGAAGCUGCAGAGGAGCCCGAAGCAGCCCAUGCCUCGGGUCCGGGAGAACCAGGUCCCCAGGCUCCUUCUCGGACACCUUCACCGCACAGCCCAAUUCCAGUCAGAGUGAAGACAGAACUGUCCAGCCCCACGCCAGGCUCCAGCCCGGGGCCUGGAGAGUUAGCGAUGGCCGGGACGCUCUUUCUGCCACAGUAUGUGUUCGGUCCGGACGCGGGCUCGACCACCGGCACCGCAACGCCACAGGCCUCAGAGAUCCUGGCCAAGAUGUCCGAGUUGGUGCACAGCCGGCUGCAGCAGGGCGCAGGGAACUCCGGGACAGUGGGAACGCCUACUGGCCUCUUCCCCGGGACUAAGGGCGCCACGUGCUUUGAGUGCGACAUCACCUUCAACAACAUCAACAACUUCUACGUGCACAAGCGCCUCUACUGCUCCGGCCGCCGCGCGCCCGAGGACACGCCCGUUGUGCGCAAACCCAAGGCAGCCCCGGGGCCGGCCCGUGCUACCCCAGGAGCAGCUGCAGAGGCAGACCCACAGCGCUCGUCGCCGGGGCCCGGGCCGCGAGAGGAAGAGGCGGGUGGCGCGACCACUCCAGAGGCCGAGGCCGCUGGCCGGGGCAGCGAGGGCAGCCAGAGCCCGGGCAGCUCGGUGGACGAUGCGGAGGACGAUCCCAGCCGCACGCUGUGUGAGGCCUGCAACAUCCGGUUCAGUCGCCACGAGACCUACACUAAAUACUCGUGCCCCGCCGCGCCUUUGCGUACUGCCGCCCUCUGCCCCUACUGCCCGCCCAACGGGCGCGUGCGCGGCGACCUGGUGGAGCACUUGCGCCUGGCGCACGGCCUGCAGGUAGCCAAGCCCGCAGCCUGCCCGGGCGCUGAGCCCCGCACGCCCGCUGAACGUGCUCCGCGUGACAGCCCCGAGGGCCGAGCGCCACGCUCCCCAUCCCCAGGUCCUGAGAACACGCCUUCUGACCCCACAGAACAAGGCGUGCGGACACCCUCCAAGGGCCCGACUGUAUCUGCGCCUGCGUCAGGUGGUGGUGGUGGUGGCCACCGCUACUGCCGCCUGUGCAACAUCAGGUUCAGCAGCCUGUCCACCUUCAUCGCACACAAGAAGUAUUACUGCUCCUCUCACGCCGCCGAGCACGUGAAGUGAGCCUGCGGGGCCGCACCGCCUGGACCCUUGGCACUUAAUAAAGACGUUCGGUGUGACAAA